AUGGCCACCACCAAGACCACCUCACACAGUACUCCCAGCUUCACUUCUCCAAUCGCCACCAGGGAGACCACCUCACACAACUACCUCACACAGUACCCCCAGUUUCACUUCUAUCGCCACCACAGAGACCACUUCACGCAGUACUACCAGCUUCACUUCUUCGACUGCCAUCACAGAGACCACCUCACAUAUACUGCCAGCUUCAGUUCUUCAAUCACCACCACUGAGACGAACUUACACAGUACUCCCAGCUUCACUUCUUCAAUCACCACCACCGAAACUGCCUCACACAGUACUCCCAGCUUCACUUCUUCAAUCACCACAACCAAGGCCACCUCACACAGUACUCCCAGCUUCACUUCUUCAAUCACCACCACCGAGACCACCUCACACAAUACUCCCAACAUCACUACUUCAAUCAGCACAACCGCGACCACAUUCCACAGUACUCCCAGGUUCACUUCGUCAAUCACCACCAUUGAGACCCCCUCACACGGUACUCUCAGCUUCACAUCUUCAAUCACCAGCACUGAAACCACCUCACACAGUAGUCCCAGCUUCAUUUCUUCAAUUACCACCACCAAGAUCACCUCACACAGUACUCCCCGCUUCACUUCUUCAAUCACCACAGUGGAGACCCCCUCACACAGUACUCCCAGCUUCACUUCCUCAAUUACUACUGCUGAGACCACCUCACAUAGGACUUCCAGCUUCACUUUUUCGAUCACCAACACCAAGACCACCUCACACAGUACUCCCAUCUUCACUUCCUCAAUCACCACCGAGACCAGCUCACACAGUUCUCCCAGCGUCACUUCUGCAAUCACCACCACCGAGACCACCUCACUCAAUACUCCCAGCUAUACUUUUUCGAUUGCCACCACCAAGAACACCUCACAGAGUACUCCCAGCUUCACUUCUUCUAUCAUUACCAUGGAGACCAUACCACACAGUACUCCCAGCUUCACUUCUUGUAUCACUACAAACAAGACCAUACCACACAGUACUCCCAGCUUGACUUCUGCGAUCACAACCACCAAGACCACCUCAAACAGUAUUCAAGGUUUCACUUUUUCAAUCACCCCCACCGAGACCACCUCACACAGUACUCCCAGCUUCACUUCUUCAAUCGCUGCCAUGGAGACCACCUCACACCAUACUCCCAGCUUCAAUUCUGUGAUCGCCACCUCCGAGACCAACUCACACAGUGCUGCUAGCUUCAGUUCUUUGAUUGCCACCACUGAGACCACCUCACACAGUACUCCCAGCUUCACUUCUUUGAUUGCCACCACUGAGACCAUCUCACGGAGUACUCCCAGCUACACUUCUGCAAUCACCACCACCGAGACCACCUCACACAGAACUCCCAGCUUCACUUCUUCAAUCGCCACUGAGUCCACAUCCCCCAGUACUGCCAUCUUCACUUCUUCCAUCACCACCACCGAGACCACCUCCAACAGUACUGCCAGCUUGACUUCUUCAAUGACCACCACCGAGACCACCUCACACAGUACUCUCAGCUUCACUUCUUUGAUCAUCACCACUGAAACCACAUCCCACAGUACCCCCAGCUUGAUUUCUUCGAUCACCAGCACCGAGACCAUAUCCCACAGUACUCCCAGCUUGACUUCUUCGAUCACCACCACUGAGACUACAUCACACAGUACUCCCAGCUUCACUUCUUCAAUCACCAUCACCGACUCCAUAUCCUACAGUAAUCCCGGCUUCAAUUCUUCCAUCACCACCACCGAGACCACCUCACACCAUACUCCCAACUUCCCUUCUUCAAUCACAAACACCGAGACCAUCUCACAGAGUACUUCCAACUUCACUUCUUCAACCACCACCACCAAGACCACGUCACGCAGUACUCCCAGCUUCACUUCUUCAAACACCACCACUGAGAUGACCUCACACAGUACCCCCAGCUUCACUUCUUCGAUAACCACUACUGAGACCACCUCACUCAGUACUCCCAACUUCACUUGUUUGAUCACCGCCACCAACUCCACCUCACACAGUCCUCCGAGCUUCACUUCUUUGAGCGCCACCACAGAGACCACCUCACGCAGUACUCCCAUCUUCACUUCUUCCAUCACCACCACUGAGAGCACCUCACACAGUACUCCCAGCUUCACUUCAUCGAUCACUGGCAUCAAGACCAUCUCACACAAUACUCCCAGCUUCAGUUCUUUGAUCACCGCCACCGAGACCAUAUCACACAGUACUCCCAGCUUCAGCUCUUUGAUCUCCACCACCGAGACCAUAUCAAACAGUACUCCCAGCUUCACUUCUUUGAUCACCAGCACCGAGACCACAUCCCACAGUUCUCCCAGCUUCACUUCUUCAAUCACCACCAUUGAGACCACAUCCCACAGUACUCCCAGCUUGACUUCUUUGAUCACUACAACCAAGACAACCACACAGAGUCCUCCGAGCUUCACUUCUUUGAUCAUCAGCACUGAGGCCACUUCACACAGUACUCCCAGCUUCACUUCUUCAAUCACCACCACCGAGACCCCCUCACACAGUACUCACAGUUUCACUUCUUUGAUCGCUAUCACCGAGAUCAUCUCACACAGUACUCCCAGCCUCAGUUCAUCGAUCGCCACCACUGAGACCACCUCACACAGUACUCUCAGGUUCACUUCUGCAAUCGCCAGCACCGAGACUAUAUCACACAGUACUCCCAGCUUGAAUUCUCUGAUCACCACCACCGAGAUCACCUCACACAGUACUCCCAGCUUCAAUUCUUCAAUCACCGCCACUGAGACCCUAUCACAUAGUACUCCCAGCUUGACUUCUGCAAUCACCAAUACUGAGACCAUGUCACACAGUAUUCCAGGCUUCACUUCUUUGAUCACCACCACAGAGACCACCUCAAACAGUUCUCCCAGCUUCACUUCUUCGAUCACCAACACCAAGACUACCUCAUACAGCCCUCCAGGGUUCACUUCUUCAAUCCCCGCCACUGAGACUACCUCACACAGUCCUCCCGGCUUCACUUCUUCAAUCACUACCACCGAGACCACCUCACACAGUACGUCCAGCUUGACUUCUUCAAUCACCACCAAGAAGACCAUCUCACACAAUCCUCCUUCCAGCUUCACUUCUUCGAUCACGACCAUCGAGAGCCCCUCACACAGUACUCCCAGCUUAACUUCUUUGAUCACUGCCACCAAGUCCACCACACACAAUCCUCCAAGCUUCACUUCUGUGAUCACCACCACAGGGAACACCUCACACAGUACUCCCAUUUUCACUUCUUCAGUUGCCACCACCGAGAGCGCGUCACACAGUAAUCCCAGCUUCACUUCAUCAAUCACCAGUACCAAGAGCAUCUCACACAGUACUCCUAGCUUCAGUUCUUUGAUCACCACCAUGGAGACAACCUCACAGAGUUCUUCCAGCUUAAGUUCUUUGAUCACCACCACCAAGUACACCCCAUACAAUCCUCCGAGCUUCACUGCUGCGAUCACCGCCACAGGGAUCACCUCACACAGUACUCCCAUUUUCACUUCUUGGAUCACCAACACUGAGACCACAUCCCACAAUACUUCCAGCUUGACUUCUUCAAUCACCACCACAGAGACCGCAUCCCACAGUACUUCCAGCUUCACUUCUUCGAUCACCAGCACUGAGACCACAUCUCACAGUACUCCCAGCUUGACUUCUUCAAUCACUGCAACCGGGACCACCUCACACAGUACUCCCAGCUUCACUUCUUUAAUCACCAUCACUGAGUCCACAUCCCACAGUACUACCAGCUUCACUUCUUCAAUCACCACCACUGAGACCACCUCACACAGUACGCCCAGCUUCACUUCUUCAAUCGCCACCACUGAGAUCAUCUCACAUAGUACUCUCAGCUACAGUUCUUCAAUCGCCACCACCGAGACACCCUCACACAGUACUCCCAGCUUCCCGUUUUCAAUCAUGACCACUGAGACCAUAUCACACAGUACUCCCAGCUUGAAUUCUGCGAUCAUCACCACUGAGAGCAUGUCACACAGUAUUCCAGGCUUCGCUUCUUUGAUCACCACCAGCGAGACCACCUCACACAGUCUUCCCAGCUUCACUUCCUCAAGCACCACCACUGAGACCCCUUCACAUAGUCCUCCUGGCUUCUCUUCUUCGAUUGCCACCUCCAAGACCACCUCAACCAGUCCUCCCAGAUUCACCUCUGCGAUUGCCACCACCGAGACCACCUCACACAGUACUCCCAGGUUCACUUCUGUGAUUGCCAGCACCAAGAUCACGUCACAGAACAACCUCACACAGUACUGCCAGCUUCAGUUCUUCGAUUGCCACCACCGAGACAACGUCACACAAUACUCCUGGCUUCACUUCUUCGAUUGUCACCACCGAGACAAGCUCACAGAGUACUACCAGCUUCACUUCUUCAGUCACCACCACUGA